AUGCAGCCACUCAUCCUCUACACGGCGGGAACGCCCAACGGACAAAAGGUGUCCAACUUCACCGAGGAGCUCAAAGCAGUCUACCCCGACUUCAAGGUCGACUACCACAGCAUUUCUCUGGGGAAAAACGAACAGAAGGAGGAAUGGUUCCUCAAGAUCAAUCCGAACGGACGCAUUCCCGCUCUCAAGGAUCCCAACCGUGCCGAUCACUGCGUUUUUGAGACUGCUUCGAUCAUCUUGUACUUGGAAAAACACUACGAUCCCAAGCACAUCUUCAGCUGGUCCGACAAUGGCGAUGGUGUGGAUAAGAGGAGCGAGGUGCUCAGCUGGAUGUUCUUUAUCCAUGGCGGCGUCGGGCCGAUGCAAGGUCAAGCGAACCACUUUGUCCGCUACGCACCGGAAGACAUCCCGUACGGCAAGUCGCGCUACGUUACGGAAACUAAACGUCUCUACCAAGUGCUCGACUCUCGACUCAAACACCAUGACUGGCUCGUGGGAGACAAGUACUCGAUUGCCGAUAUCAACGCGUACCCUUGGCUGCAGUACUAUAAAUGGGCUGGUCUCAAGGAUGAAGAUGUCCCCCAGAGCGUCAAGGACUACAUCGACCGAAACUGGAACAGACCCGCCGUGCGCGAGGGAAUGAAGGUCCCCAACGGUAACACGGAUUGGGUCGAGAAAAUGCGCAGCAACGACUUCUUCGAAGUGCACCUCAAAGAGGCCAACGAAAAGGCGGCGCUGGCAAGCAAGUGGAUCCAGGAUGGCAUGAGCAAGGAUCGCGAGAGCAAGGCUUGA